GUAAAGAGCUUGAAAUUGCCAAAUUGCGUUCUCAGAAACGACAGCUGCAACAGGGAUUGCGACGUGCCCAUGACAAAAUCGCAAAGCAGCAGGAAAACUGGACAAAAGAGGUUGAAGUGUUGAGGUAUGCCACGCUGCUGACAGACCAUGUUUACAUGGCGACGACUGACGGGGGUGCAAAUGAACAGCUGGCGCGUAGAUUGAUUGCAGCUGAAAUCAUGGACUGCCCAAACAUUUACUAUUUUCAACAAGACUGUUUGGAGCAUGCGCCACACUUGGUAGUCAUGUCAAGUUUGCUUCUCGUCGAUGAGUUUCUGGAAGGGUUUACGAAUUGGAAAUAUUGGUCCUCUUUAGCCAUGUUUUCACACACUUGUCGAGAUCAAGCACGUUCACUGUAUGAAUCCUACUCGAACAAAUUUGGGGCAAAGAGAGCAAAAGAGGCAGUGAAGACUCUUUUCCCACGUCCUGUAUCGCAAAGAUGGGGUCGAAUUCAAGAGCUGGAAGAUCGGAUUAUUAAUGCUGGAUUCUCUGAAUUGGCUGCUUGCGUGUCAGAAGUGUUGACGCGCAAGUGGGUUGAUGCCAAUGAACUUUCUGGAUCUUUGAUGGCUUGCAAAGCUGAAGCUUGGAGUGGCGCUGUAUCUGUCACAGCAACCAUUCGGCAUGCCAAAGUGACAGCCGCCAGUGGUUCUGCCAAACCAGCAGGAGAAGGUGAUGAUACUUCCAAAAAGAGACAGAAACAGAAACAGCCAGCAAAUCCGAAUGAACUCAGCAUUGAAGAGACCAAAGAAUUCACUAUCAAAAUGGGCAAGUGGAGGGCCCGCACUUUAGAAGCCAUUGGGGAUCAGAUGUGGGGCAUGGUUAUUGCAGUCAUGAACCGUACUCGGUCACCGCUCAUUCACAUAUCGAAUGUGUUGAAGCAGAAACAUUCCCUGCAAACCUGUGUUGAGAAAGGGGGGCCAUUGGCCCAGCUUGUCUACGGAAAAGCAGCACUGAUCUUAGAGGAGUUCAGUGAUACUUUGCGAUCAUUGCGAAUUUCUUCUCAGUGGAAUGCAGUGAUUCCUGAGACUGUCAGCGACGAUGACCGUCGAUUUCUGUGUGUGGUGGCUGGUAGAAUGCUUUUACACAAUGCUUCUGGUUUUGAGCGCCGUGUUGUGUGGCCCCUAACCCAAUUUCCUAUGAAGCUGUUGCUUCUGGUCAGAGCCCCGGCAGAUGUCUUCUGCAUUGUUCGGCGCAGGGUUGCUGAAGAAAUCAUCGGAACAGAUGACAAGGAAUUGGAAAUCAAUGCCAAGAAAAUCAAGCACAGAUUCAGAAAGAGUCUUCGAAUAGCUGCUAGUGAUGGGGUACUUCCAUCCCGUCUUUUUUGGCUGGUUAAAGGUAUUGGAAUCAUGAUGAAGAGUGAUGUGCGUGAAAACGAAAGGCUGAACAAGAUGCAAGGGUUGGUUGCAGAGAGGUGUCCAUCCGCUUCAGUAGAUCUACAGAGCUCCAGGUUGCAAUUGAAGUACCUUCUUGGGGAAUCAGGGGAAGGGGCUGGGCAUGCAGCAUCGCAUAGAUGGUCCCAAUUCAGACCAGUUGCUGAGAAAGUGAGACAGCUUUGCUUGCAAUCUUGGGAGGGUCUCAUUGAUGUCCAGUCAGAGCCAACAAGAUUUGCUCCUUCAACCAAAGCCACAAACUGUGUUGCGCCCACAAGGGCAUUGUAUUUGAACAGCGUCAUGAAUCCUCAUGUUCACUGCCAUUCUGUCAGCCAUGCUUGGGCUGCCAGCUACAACAUGAUUGUCCACAGGACUCUGCUUGAACGGAAACAAAGCGAGACUGCCUUGGGGUCUCUUUUUCCGACAGUGAUUAGCAUUGCUACACGGUUGAAGGGCGAACGGUCAUCCACUUUCCGUUUCUUUGUCUCAGCUGAACUUGUUCGCAGGAAACAUAGACUUCUGGAAGUGCAAUGGGACAGAGCUUCAAACAGGAUUCAGUGGUCAUGCUUGAAAGGGUUUAAAGCCUUGUUGAUCCUCAUCAAAGAAGAGUUCGACAGAGUGCGCCAGGGGCACGUGAUUGCGAUCAUGCAUGCAGAGGUAAAGUCUUUUGGCACGUUGGAUGGUUCGGUGAAUUGUGCAACCCUGGGGAAAGUUCAAAACAUUGUCAAAUUGGAACCUCCCUGCACAAAUCUCAUUGAGAAGUGCGGCCACGAGGCAAAGGAUGCACACGAAAAGAGUAGCCACACUGACAUUCCGAAAUCCACUCCACCCAAAUCUGCAUCAGUUUCUUCAGAAGGCCAAGAAGUACAACAAAUGGGUUUGAAUUUGCUGGUCCAAGAAGCAGAACUUGAUGAACAAAACGGAGAACAUGAACAUGAAAAUAUCGAACAGGGGGAUGCGGUUGAGGAUGACUUUCAACACUACUUGGCCAAGGGUUUGGAUACAUGUCAGAUUCAGUAUGAAGAUGAUGAAAUGCUGUCUAAUCUCGCAGAACGGAAGUUUAAAGGCCAAACCAGUGAAGACCUCGUCAAUUCAUAUGAAAAAGCCGUGGCAAUUCAAACCAUUGAGAAAACGGGCAUUGAUUCAGUGGAGCAACAAGCUGCUAUUGAGCACGUGCAACAAUCAUCUAUGAUUGAUCCACUGGGUGCAGCUUUUGAGGUUGCUUUGGCAACGGCUCAGGGGGUUGAUUCAGUUUCAGAAGAAGCCCGGGCUAAGUUGUCUGUGGACACAGGAUUCGAAGAUCUUCUUUUGCCUGCGCACUUGGAUGUCGACAAGAGGUCGAGUAAUCAGCAUGGAUGCAGACAAUCGACUGAAGGUGCCUGUGAAUGUUGGCGCAUUCAAGGGAAUGUUGAAAGAGGCAUUGAAAUCGGCAGUGCAAGUGAAAGCAAGACCGGCUGGUGCAGACAACCAGUCAUUGUCAUCGUCGUCAUCUUCAUUCGGUCCGCAGCCGUCUCUUUUGCCACUGAAGCUUCCCGAAAGCUUUCGUUUGCCAGAUUGCUUCGCACCGACAAGGCUGUGUUUGUGCUGUUCUACAUGGACGUGCUGUCACCGCAGUUCGGUUGCAGAAGGCAGAUUGCUGUCGAGUGUGACCAGGGAGGCGGAGGCGAUGGAGGUGAUGAUUCUUUGCCUUUGAGAGGACAAAUUCAAGACUCAGUGCCGACCAUCGAGGAUAGCACUGUUGGCAAUGGUGACCGUGAAUCUGGCGGAGGUGGAGGCGGAGGUGAUUCUGGUGAAGCCGCCGAAGCCAAUGGCAGUCGUGCUUCUGUUCAUGCUGAAGCUGAUUUGGGGAGUGCUGUGAUUCCGCCAACUUCAUCGGAGAACAAAAGGCCUUCGCCUUCAGAUGGUUUUACUACGCCAUCACCCAAGCGACGAUGUGCCGAUCUUGAUCUUGCGUUGCAGAUGCAGCUGGAUGCUCGCAUUACUGGAACGACUCGAAGCAUUGGCAUUGGUGAUCAUCAUUCUUCUCAUGGACCUGAGCCUGAGCACCUUGGGCUCAACUCAACCCAGAAUGCUGCAUCCUCAUCCUCCAGCCGUCCAUCAUUGCGACGUUCGGCCCCAUUGACGGCUGAGACAUUUGAGCUUAUGAUGGCAAGCAGGCUGGCAGCUUCCCCUCCCAAUUGGCGAGAUGGCUGUGGUUCCAGCUUGCAGGCCACUGGAACAGUCACGGCUGCGUGGCUGCGACUGACUGGCAUGGCAUGUCACGAGCUGGCCUUUGAGCUCAAGAGCAAGCUUGGUGGUGGGGGCCUCAUAUGUAUGUACUUUCGUGACUGGGACAACUACCGGAAGGCACUGUCGGUUGUUCACACCUUGCAGCGUUUCAAGAUCUACUCUGACAUGAAGACGUUUUGGAACCGACAUGUCGAUUUCAUUGGAACAGAGAUGGAGCCAAGCGCAGUGAUUGCUGCCAUGCACAGCCUGACACUUUUGAUCACUGGAAACAUGCAGAAGUUCUAUUGCCCAGAAGAGAUUGGCGUCGUUCUCUUGCAUGUGCCAAAGGCUGAAGUCACAUCAGCAGGAGAGAGGCUUCCAGCAUGGAGCUUCAAGCACUUUGAGCAUGAUGCCGGUCGCAUGAACCUUCUGAAUUUUCCGAUGGCUGAGAGUUCUGUGGCAAAGAAGCUGGCCAACCGGGAGGGCUCUGGUGCCACCAGUUCAGGCAUUAAGCAAGAAGUUGGGUCAGCGCCAGCGACCCCAGCAGAGCCCAUGUCAGCUUCAAAGACUUCUGGGAAGAGGGGUAUCCAUUGGACCUCUGAAAUGACCGAGCUCUGGACAGAUGCUGGCUUGUGCUCCGCCAAGAAACAGCGGACAGAAACAGAGACUGAUGAGAAGAUGGCAGGUGAGAAUGUAAUUGAUGAGCCUGAGGCUCCUGAGGGCUUGGGUGGCCCGGGCUCGCGUGUCAAUGCCACCAGUGCAAGCGAAGUGAAGAUCAAGAAAUCAGACAAGAAGUCAUCAUUCACACCUUUCAGUGAUGAUGAGAAGAAGUGUUUUCGCACAGCUGGGUUGUUCCUACAGUUCCUCUUUGAGGGGCGUGUCUGCCUUCGGGGCAAAGAUCUUCGUUUGUGGUCAGCGGCCCGUCCAGAGAUUCAGGCGACCUAUGUUGCAGCAAUGGACUUUGUGAGGGCUCCCGCUUUGGCUGGUACAGGGCCAGGUUCUGGUAGCAAAGAUGGUGGUCAGGCAGAGAGAAAGCUAUCCGCUUUGGAGUUGGCAAAGGUGCUCUGCAAAUCAUUUGUUUCCCCGCCUGUGCACCAGUUGGUCAUGGGCGAUGAUGAAGCUGGGGCUUUGAAACGCGUGGCAACUGUGAUGUCGACAGAGUAUUCAACCACUGCUUUGCCUUUGAAGUCUUUUCUGACUAGCGCAAUGAAGAUGCCAGUGAUGAUGCAUGACUCAAUCGUCCAGUGUGUCAAAAGGUUCCUGAACAGCGACUGCAAGCGAAUGGAAAUUGUGGACAUGAUUUGCAAAAUCCAAUCUGACCUAGAACAAGGCUUGCCGUUCAAAUGGGUAUCUCUGGCAGUUGACGUUGCAGAAUUGUUUGCAGGGCAGAGUUCGUUCGCUGAGGGCACACAAGAGGUAUUUGGAAGUGCUGAGAUCCUGGAAAAGUUCAUGUCGCUCCGUAUGCAGUACUUGCUGCACAUUGUGAGCUCUGCCGUGACUUCCGCGUGUGAGUUUGUGUUGACAGACGCUACCAAGGAGCAACUGGACUUCUUCUCGCUUCUACCUCAAAAGUUGAAGGGGCACAAGGAUUUCCUGACUUCAUUUGACAAUAUUCUGUCAUCCCGGGAUUGGGGUGUCAAAUGGGCAGAGGUUCUACAGCAGUCAGCUUCUGAAACGGACGUCGUGAAACAUGUCAAGCGAUUGACGCCUGCUAUGCAAGUGCAAGGGGGGCAAGGAGAGGUUUCAGGGAAAGGGGCAGGUGCAAAUGAUGAAAGGGCAAGCCUGCUAGAGAGCUUGAGGGCAAUUUCCAAAGUUGCCGAAGGACAAAAACCAUGCGCAAAGGCAAAGACAUUGAAACCUGAUGAAGAAGCUGGCAACCAGAAAGGUGCUGCCGUUGCCGCUCCAGCAGAAGUAGAAGUUCGUGGUGAAGCUGGUGAUGGCGAGGACAAGAAGAAGGAGAAGGAGUCGGAGAAGGAUCAAUCAAUGGUCACACUGAAUUCCUUCAACGACUUCAUGUCUGAGGACCACCAGAAACGUGCUGAAGACGAGUUGAAGUCCUUUGGCCUGAAAAAAGCUGGUGCGCUCUUCUUCAAGAAGUUGGAAACGUCUUUGAACUUGUGCUUGCUUGACAUCCUGCCUGAGUUGACCCGGGGUGAAUCCAGUGUCAAGAUCAAUGUCAAGGCAAUGAACAGCAAAUCAGCUAAGCAGGAUGGCUUGCAGGUAUCCCUUUCUGCUCCAGGUGACAUGUGCCUUCCUCAGAUCCACUACUUGACAACGACACAUUCAAAAGGAGCCACGUUGUGCACAAAAGCCUUUGGAGUUGACUUUUGGAUGGAGCCACUGAAAGACCAUUUGAAUGCCACCAUGUGCAUCCCUGGGUGGGCAGCACGUCCAGUGUCCAGGGCAGAUCAAGCAUUCUUCGAGCUGAAAUCCAUUGACUGCACUGUGCUUCUCCACAAGACUGGGGAAUCAGACUUGGAUUUCAGUGCCACUUACUUGAAUGUUCCGCAAGAUUCGCAUCCUUUGGUGGCAAAGGUCCUGUCCAAUGGCACACCUCACCUUGUUGUCAAAUUGACUGUGCAAUGCAUGUGUCCCCUGGACAACAUCGAUGCGAAACUGGAUGAGGAUUUGAAGUCACAGAGAAAGAUUGCUGAGAAACAGGAGGAGGGGACAGGGGAAGAUGAAGAAGUUGUAGGGAAACAAGAGAAGCAACUGUUCGAAACAUUGGGCAUGGACAUUCCCGGGUCCAAGGCAGAAUCUAUCGAGGUUCUUCAGACACUGCUUAAGCAAGAGGAAAAGAUUGAGGAGUUGGUUACAAAGGCCAAAGAGUCAGUCCAGAAGCCACAGUUUGUGUCGCUGACCCGGCUGCAAGGUGAUGAUGACAAAAUGAAAUCGAAUCGCACGAAGCUGAUGCAGCAAGCACUCCAAGAAGCGCAAAAAAACAUCAACAAGCCUGCUGCUGAAGAGCACACAAUUCAGUUUGGAUUCCAAGCCGCUUGUUCUGAAGCUGAACGCCAGGGAACAGUCCCAAAGGCCAAGGAGAAAGCAAAGAAGACCAAGAACGCGUUGGUGAAAGAUGUGCUUCAGAUGGCCAAGCACAUGUUGAGGCUACCGUGUACUGUACAGAUCAGAUCGCAAGAUUUGGGUGGUCGGCAGAUCCAAGUUCUCCUACUGUCCUUGGCUUGCUUUGCUGGGGCUCAGGCUAGCAAGCUUGACACCCUCUUGAUGAAAGACACUUGUGCAGUGAUUUUGCGAAGUGAAGAAGCACGUUUACUGUGCAAUUUAGAGACUUGCCAAAACCCUGACAUGAAGCAUUUUGUUUUCAUGCCUUUCCAGUGCCGAACUUUGACUACUGGUCAUGAAAUCUACGUGGCUGUCCACCAUGACGAACCUGACUUCGCUGGAAAUUGCACUGCUGGCGUUGACGGAGACCAUGUUUACAAGGUGAUCGGGAAGUUCAGGUUUAUUUCAAACCGUCGCUUAGAGACAGAGAAACUCUUGGCAGCUGGUGCGUCUUCACCUUGUGGGCUACCAGCGGACCAGCAGCACUUCACCAACUUGAAGGCAGACUUGGGGAUCAAGAAAGAAAACAAGACACACAUUGUAUGGGAGUUGCAGUGGGUGUGUACAUAUCAGACCCCUGUUUGCAUUUCUUCGGCCACACCAGUGCUUGAGUCCAACGCUUCUGCACCGGCUUCGUAUUCGUCAGUUCGCCCAGGGGUUCAGGACCAAUUUGGCCCUCGAUGGGUCUGGCUGAAACUCGAUGGAGAUUUGAAAACCUUGCUUUGUUCUCAAGCGGAGACGGUGGAGCUGGCAAAGCGAUCAGGUCCAUCCAUUCCGCAGAUUGUUGUUCACCCUCCUCCAAUUCCUCCUGGUGAUGAUGCUGACAAACCGGCCACAACGGCCAAAAGUGAAGUAGCUGAGGAUGCUGACAUGCAGGAGGUUCCCCUCUCUCAGAAGAGCGAGACAAGUUUCACAGCCGCUUUGGAGGCGGAGAUCAACAGUGAGUAUCCAGAUUUCGCAGAAGCGGCAGCGGCAGUUGAACAAAGUGAACCAGUUGAAACAGCUGAAGCACCGACAAUUCCAGCAGCAAUGGGGACAUUAGCGCAGGCAUCAGACCAACAGGCAGUUCCAGAGGUUCUGCAAACUAUGUUGGACGAGACCCUGAAGGAUCCAGACGCUGUUCCUCAGGAAUCGAUGCCAUGCCCAAAAAAACAGAAGACUACAGUGGGGGAAGAGGGCCAGCAUGCUGCUGAUGCCAGCGUUCCUGAUGCAGUGCCACAGGUUGGUUCUGCCUCUGAAGUUCUUCCACAUCCAGAGCUACCAAGUACUUUGCCAGAUUCCUUCAAAGUCAACCCUGGCCGGAAUCGUCAGGUUGUGACGUCCAUGGCUGAAUCCUUUCUCUUCGAGGAAGAUUGUUGUGACAUUAUCCUUGCUGAGGAUGGGGAAGACAAGGUGGUUGACAUACUUGAAGCUAUGAGAAAUGAUUCGGUCAGCACCGCGUUCAGCGGCAUAGAGGCCUGUGGAACUUCAAUGAACAUGAUGCGAGCUGCAUUUUGCAAGAGACUUGGAAUUCCCUUUGAGCCCUUGGCAGUCACAUUCCAGAUAGAAUGGAAUCGUGAAUGCGUUGCCGAGCUACUGCCCGAGUGCAAAGCCCACAACACAUGCUUGUUCAACAACAUCGCUUCCUUCUUUGUGGAGGAUUUGAAGGAGACGAUUGACUAUUUGAUCCAGCAUCCCCAAAUGGCAAUUGAAGUACUCAGCCCCCUCUUGGCCGAGAAGAAGGCUAUGAAGGGGACAGCGUGGUGUGUUGUCCAUGAGAAAGAGUGCAAGGUUGUUCCAUGUCGCCGGCACCUUGCUGGGACAAGUUGCCGUCCCUGGAGCAAAAAGGGGGCAGGGCUUGGAGCUCAUGACCCCGAAGUGCUGUUCACACUGGCAUGGGUGGGGCUGAUGCUUCUUCUUGAAAACACUGAGAUAACAAGCGAGAAUGUACUCACACCUGGCUCUGGAUCUUCAUCAUCAACCGCCGCUGUGACUUCUGACGAGCCUGCCGAGGUUAUGGACUGUGGAUUAGGCAGCCUUCUGCUCAGGCUACUUGGGCCCCUCUACCAUAUGGAGAAAGUGGUGCUCUCUCCAUACAUGGUUGGCGACCCGUUUAAUCGGGAAAGGGAGUUCAUCAAGAUGGUCCACAAGAAGAAGGCAGCAGCAGUGAUCAGCCCACUUUCACGCAUAUUCUUCAUGCACUUGCCAGAGAUGAAGGGCAAAGGUGUUGUGGAGAACGAGCUGGAGAUGGAGUACCAGUGGGCGUGCCAGAGACCAACCAGCCGAGCUAAAGAGCUUGGAGAUGAAUUGGCAGGUGAUACAAUGGACUUUGAAGCCGCCCUCAACACCAUGGAAUUCAACUUUCUCCAGGAAUACCGCCGGGGAUGGCCGGAAGCAGCAUACCAGUUAAACCAAGAUCCUGGCAGCGGCCAUGGUCAUCAUUCCAAAAACGAGUUUGAGAUGUUCACCCUGAUCCACAACUUGGGUUUAGUGUGGAGUGAUCACGUUGGCAGGUGGUUGUCCCCAACAGAGGCAUUAGCUUGCCAACACUUCCCAGUGGUGCCCUAUUUGCAUUCACCUGACUUGAAGUUGACUUCCUUCCAUUUUGACAGACAGGGCCGCUCAGGAAGGCACAUUGGUCCUCAGGUGGGCAAUUCGAUGCACUGCGGCGUGAUGGGCUUGCUGCAGCUGCACUCCUUGUCGGAAGUUCUUCAUCCCAGAAUUCCCGACUUGUUCAAGAACAUUCGGCUGGUCAGGUCUGCUAUUCGAGAGGAGCACAAGCGCAAGCUCGA